AUGUCCGUCUCAGCUUGUUGUCUGAAAGGAUUCGAAUGGGAAGGUUCUCCCUCGGGAAGAACCGCAAAGCUAGCCAAGAACGACGUCUACAUAGUGGGGGACAAUCCGGACGUCGCCAUCAUCAUCAUCCACGAUCUUCUGGGCUGGACCUUUCCAAAUGUGCGCUUGCUAGCAGAUCAUUAUGCCCGUGAGGCCAACGCAACCGUCUACAUCCCCGAUUUCUUCGGCGGCGAAGUCUUGCCGUUGGAGCCGAUUCUCAAGGGCGAGUGGGAGAAGCUCGAUGUCCCCGGUUUCGUGGGGAGGAAUUCCCGGGAGAUACGAGAGCUGGAGAUCUUCGACUGUGCUAGAGCUUUACAGGAGAAGUACAAGAAAGUGGGUGUUGCGGGGUUCUGCUACGGAGGAUGGGCUGCUUUCCGCCUAGGCGCGCAAGAACACCAGCCUCCGCUCGUUGACUGCAUCACGGUUGGGCAUCCGUCGCUUCUGACAAAGAAGGAUAUCGACGAAAUUGCAGUUCCAGUGCAGAUUCUUGCCCCGGAACACGAUCCGGUCUAUACUGCCGAGCUCAAGCGAUAUACGUUUGACACACUUUCGAGGCUCGGUGUGCCGUUCGAUUAUCAACAUUAUCCCGGGGUGGAGCAUGGCUGUUUGACUCGCGGUGACAGUAACAAGACCGGGGAGCGUGAGGCGAUGACUCGAGGAAAGAAUGCUGCUGUCAGUUGGCUUACGCAAUGGCUGGACCAGCCGUGA